AUGGCCACUAUCAUCAAAAAUACCGGAGGGAAUGGAAGGUAUGUCUCCAUCAUUACUAAGAAUGAUAUCUCUUCAUCACUAGUCUUCAGAUUCACAACCAAAGUAACACGGUUGCUUUUUAUUUUGAAAAUGUUCCAACAUACGUUUCUGCCAUUUGGACUCUUUGUCGAGGAUUAUAAUGCAAACUGGAUUGUAGGAUAUUCAGCCAUUGUAUCCAUUUGGGGGUUUGCAGUGUGGAUGGAGAGAGCGUAUAGAAAUAAGAUGAACCAGCUGCUUUCGCAGUGCACGAAGAUAAAGUGCUCUCGUUGUGAUACAUGCAAGAAACAUCCUAAAUGGUUUAAAUGCAAGUAUGGGAUGUACUUCUUCUUGUUGUAUGUUUCUUUAACCUUUUCGAAUAUCCUAAUUCAAUUCAUUCUAAUAAAAGGAUCAUUGCGUAAAAGAGGAAUAUUUUAUAAGAUAGUAUCAUACGUCGCUGUUAUGCCAUUCCAAAUUACUUCCAUGAUAAUCCAUUUGAUGACGGCAUAUCUAUUUAAAGUCUAUUACUUACAUAAUGGUCACUCUAAAACAGAUGGCCAUUAUGUUGCAUAUGUAAAGAAGCCAGCGACCGAAAAAAAGUGA